AUAUAAGGACCACAUAACCAGAAGCCAGCUUUGCCUCAAACAUUCCAUGCUGUUACUGUUACGAUGUAAGCAAAGGAAGGCCUCGUACCUCUUUAUCCGUAGAUAGCCAUAGCCCCAUUCCUUCAUCUCCGAUUUCUUUAUCUUCUUCUUCUUUUCUCAUUGCAAAACCAAAACCCCUCGUUUGUUCAAAAAAUACCCACGACUUUCCUGUGAAUCCCCUAGAAAAUCCCAUCAUUUUGCAGAGAAAAUCCCCAUUUUGAGUCUUCAGAUUUACGGUUUUUGGUCUUGUUGGGUCUUUAUCAUUUGCUCCAAAUUUUGUUGUAUCUGCAAAAGAAUAUGUCGAUUUUGCCCAAAAGUGAUUCGAUUCACAUCCGGGACGUUUGGAACAAUAAUCUUGAACAUGAAUUUGCUUUGAUUCGUGGAAUCGUAGAUGAUUACCCUUACAUUGCAAUGGAUACUGAGUUUCCGGGUAUUGUUCUUCGACCGAUAGGGAAUUUCAAGAACAGCUAUGACUAUAAUUACCAGACUCUUAAGGCCAAUGUGGAUCUAUUGAAGUUAAUUCAGUUGGGUCUUACUUUAUCUGAUGAGAAAGGGAACCUUCCCACUUGUGGGACUGACAAGUAUUGUGUGUGGCAAUUCAAUUUCCGGGAGUUUAAUCCCAAUGAGGAUGUGUAUGCCAAUGACUCUGUUGAGCUGUUAUCCCAGAGUGGUUUUGAUUUCAUGAAGAACAAUGAGAAGGGUGUUGAUGCUCGUCGGUUUAGUGAGUUGUUGAUGUCGUCGGGGAUUGUGUUAAAUGAUACCGUGCAUUGGGUUACUUUCCAUAGUGGGUAUGAUUUUGGGUACUUGCUCAAGUUGCUUACUUGCCAGAAUCUUCCCGAUACCCAGGUGGGGUUCUUUAAUCUGAUCAAGAUUUAUUUCCCUACACUUUAUGAUAUCAAGCAUCUGAUGAAGUUCUGCAACAGUCUUCAUGGUGGGUUGAACAAGCUUGCAGAGCUCUUGGAAGUGGAAAGAAUCGGUAUUUGUCACCAAGCUGGAUCGGAUAGUUUGCUUACUUGCUGUACAUUCAUGAAACUGAAGGAGAGUUUCUUUAAUGACUCAACCGAGAAAUAUGCUGGUGUUUUGUAUGGUCUCGGUGUUGAGAAUGGACAGAAUACUCCUUGAAAAAAGAGAAAAAAAUAUAUAUAUUAUGAAAUGAUAAUAAAAAUAAAAUCUAUCUGUAGAGUACAUGUUUGUAUCAGUUUCCACUUUCCAUCUACAUUUCCUUUACAGCAA